AUGCGGAUAUCGACGGGCGGGCCAAAAGCCGGCCCCUUCGAUGUGCUGGACCCGAAUCGGGAACAUGCCUACAAGUACAUCAUCACGAUCUCCUCCAUCCUGUCGAUCGUCUCCCUCCUGACGAUCUGCGUCACCCUCCCGUCGUUGUUCAACUUUGUCGCCAACACGGCCCGGUUUUCGACGCAGGACUUUGCGUACUGCGAGAAUGCCGCCAUUGACCUGGAGACGGAGAUGGGGUCGCUGCGGGACCGGUUUUUGGACUUGACGAAGAACCGAACCCGUCGUGCCAACUACGGACAGCACUACAACCCGUCGAUGUUGGCCGCCGACACCCCGCAAUUCCAGGAGUGCCCAGCCUGCUGCACCCCCGGUGAGCGCGGACCCACCGGAGAUUCCGGACUUCCGGGUAUGCACGGAGCCCCCGGUCCCGAUGGAGCUCCCGGACGUCCCGGAACUACCCCGAAUGCCAGCUGCAUCCCGGAGCGCGUCUUCGAGCCGCCGCCAUGCCUACCGUGCCCACAGGGCGCUCGAGGUGUGCCCGGCCACCCCGGAUUCCCAGGAGAUCCGGGAGACCCCGGAAUCGGAGGCCGACCCGGGGCCGAUGGUAUGCCCGGAAAGAUGGGAGAACCUGGACCGCCUGGCCCGCCUGGAGUCCCAGGACCCAUUGGACCACCCGGAAAUCUUGGCAGGACCCCGGAGGCUCACGUCAUCCCGGGGCCACCUGGAGAGGCUGGAGACCCAGGACCCUGGGGCCCACCUGGGCACCCCGGAAGUGCUGGAGAGGAUGGAUACCCGGGAGCACCAGGUGAAAAGGGAUGGCCAGGGCCGCCCGGGGCACCUGGACCUGUUGGACCUGCUGGACCGAUUGGACCGAGGGGUGAAGCCGGCCCGACCGGUACGCCCGGUACGUGCGUGUGCCAAGAUACGGAAGUCGUCAUGAAUGACGUCAACGGACAUCAACCCGCCCAGAAGGAGCCGGUCGAGCCAACCAGCGCCGCCAGCCGCGAGCCCGAGGUCUUCGAGGAGGUCGGCGACGAGCCAGUGCCCGCCAAGCGGACCGUCAAAUCCGUUAAGAAGCGCCGCGCGGAGAAGGAGAAGGAGCAGAAGCUGAACAAGAAGAAGGCGAAGGCAUCGGAGCCCGCCCAGUUGGACGAGAACGGAAAUGCAAUCUCCCUCCUCAUUAUCUGCCUCACCCUCCCCGCCAUGUACAACCACGUCCAGAGUACGAUCGAGUACGUCGAGGCCGAGAUGGCGUUUUGCGAGCAAUCCAACGAAGAAGCCCUGGCCGAGUUGGAGUACGGAAAGAUGACAGUUAACGGAACGAGGGAAAAGCGGCGAGCGAUGGGUUUCGGCGCGAUGUUGAGGCGGAAGGCAAUCCGGUCGUAUGGUGAUGAGGUGACCGGAACGCCGCUGGAAACCGAGUGCCCAGGCUGCUGCAUCCCGGGACCGCCGGGACCGCGUGGACCCUCCGGAAAACCCGGAAAGCCCGGAAACCCGGGAGGAGCCGGAAAGCCGGGAAUCCCCGGCACAACGCCGAACCAGACCUGUCCAGUUAUGGGCCAGCGAGAGCCGCCGCCAUGCCGGCCAUGCCCCAAGGGCCCACCUGGAAUUAAGGGCUGGCCCGGCUUCCCUGGAGACCCAGGUCCGAUGGGAGCCCCAGGGCAGAAGGGCAAUGAUGGUGAGGAUGGUGCUCCUGGAGAGGAUGGACCCCAAGGACCCCCUGGGUAUCAUGGGGGGCCUGGAGCACCUGGAGACAAGGGACCGACGCCUGAAGGAGAGCUGAAGGAGGGACCACCUGGAGAUCCUGGACCUCCUGGACCCAUUGGAGCAAGCGGAAUGCCUGGAUUGCCUGGACACAACGGCCUCACCGGAUCGCAGGGAGAUCGUGGAUGGCCCGGAACUCCGGGAGAGCCGGGCGAGCCCGGCUAUCCCGGCCCGGAGGGUCCAAUGGGAGGCCUUGGCCCACCAGGGGAACCCGGUGUCUGCGUCUGCCAAAAUGUCGACUCGAUCAUCAUGGUCAACCCGGGCAGCCAGCCGAGGAUACAGGCCGAUGAUUAUGCGCCGAGACAAGGAGGCGGAUACUUC